GCGAAGGGUUGGCGCAAAGCUCUUAAACAAAUAACAUAUGCAACGAUCAGAAAAACAUAUUUCUAAGGGCCAACAACAGUAGAAAUACCAGUCGACCGAUAAACAGGGUGCGCGGUCUGAGAAAUAAACAUGUAGGGGAAAUCGUGUACACGUGUUGUCGGGCACCGCAGACGUGAACGAGUGCCUGAGAAAACGCCAGGGUCGCAGGAGAAAAGGAGGCCAAACCUCUUGCCGUCUUCCUGUGUCAGUACGCGCCGUCUGCUCCUUGAUUUCACUUUGAUGCCCUACAAAAACAGCUAACACAGUUCACCAGGCGAUAGGGCGCACAUACGAAAGGCAAAGGGCCCAGAAUAGGUUCUGUUUCUCGGGGUGAUAAGCAGCAAGCGUCAGUCCCGACAAGGAGCUUCAAGCGGAAACUUCAAAAAGAAAAAGAUCAAACAUUUUGUUACAGGGCUGUUUGGUCUGUACGUGUAACGACAGCUCACAACUGUUUGGCGAUUUGAGAUUAUAGAGAUACUGGUACAGGUCAGGGCGUCCGCAGGCCGUGAAGAGUCUGGAUAUUGUGUCACAAGGGAAAAUGGACAGCGUGUGGGGGAUGACUCUGAGGAAGAUCUGCUGUAUAGGGGCAGGCUACGUGGGGGGGCCCACCUGCUCUGUUAUUGCCUACAAAUGCCCAGAAGUACAAGUGACAGUUGUGGACAUGAGCCACCAACGCAUUGCAGAAUGGAAUUCGGAUGAGUUGCCCAUCUUUGAGCCCAGCCUUGACCAAGUUGUAAAGUCGUGUCGAGGUCGAAAUCUUUUCUUCUCAACAGACAUUGACAAGGCCAUUGUUGAAGCAGAACUCAUCUUUAUCUGUGUCAACACACCAACUAAGAAUUAUGGGUUAGGCAAGGGGCGUGCUGCCGAUCUGAAAUACAUUGAAUCCUGCGCACGAAGAAUUGCCGAGAUAGCCAAAAGUUCCAAGAUUGUGGUGGAAAAAAGCACUGUACCAGUCAAGGCUGCAGAGAGUAUAUCCAGCAUCCUUAAGGCCAACGUGAAGCCAGGUGUCAAAUAUCAGAUUUUGUCCAACCCAGAAUUCUUGGCAGAAGGAACAGCCAUCAAUGACCUUUUCAACCCAGAUCGUGUUUUGAUUGGUGGAGAGCAAACACCUGAAGGCUUUGAUGCUGUCAAUGCACUCUGCUGGAUUUAUGAACACUGGGUGCCCAGGGAGCGGAUCAUUACUAUGAACACAUGGUCCUCUGAGUUGUCCAAAUUGGCAGCCAAUGCAUUUUUGGCUCAGCGAAUUUCAAGCAUCAAUGCCAUGUCUGCCUUAUGUGAAGCCACAGGAGCGGAUGUGUCAGAGGUAGCCCAUGCCAUAGGCACAGACACAAGAAUCGGCCCAAAAUUUCUCAAAGCCAGCAUAGGUUUUGGUGGCAGCUGUUAGAAAGAUGUUCUGAACCUUGUUUACCUUUCUGAAUGUCUCAACCUCCCAGAGGUAGCAACAUACUGGCAACAGGUUGUGGAUUUUAAUAAUUACCAGCGCCGGCGUUUCAGCAACAAAAUUAUACAGAAACUCUUCAACACAGUCACCAGCAAAACCAUCGCCAUCUUGGGUUUUGCCUUCAAAAAAGACACUGGGGACACAAGGGAGUCAUCUGCCAUCUAUAUAUGCAAGUAUCUGUUGGAGGAAGGUGCACACAUCAAUAUCUACGACCCCAAGGUCAAGAAGGAGCAAAUCAUGAAAGACCUCACACGACCAGAUAUCAUUGACUUCCCAGAAAGAGUACCAGAACUGGUGACUAUUUGCCCCGAUGCCUACUCUGCUGCUGCUGGUAGCCAUGCUUUGGUCAUCUGCACGGAGUGGGAUGAAUUUGCAAAUCUAGACUACAAGGACAUCUACAGGAAAAUGCUCAAACCAGCCUUUGUCUUUGAUGGUCGGCUCAUCCUUGAUCACAGUGCUUUGCUGGACAUCGGCUUUUAUGUCGAGGUCAUCGGAAAGAGACUGUCACGGGACAUCACUAGGGUUGUUCGCACCCCAGCUGCCAGUAAUUCUUAAUAUCUAUAAACAUGAUGAUUUUACUUAAAAAAACUAUUGCAGCUUUCCGGGAUUUGGAAUUUAUUUACUUAUCAGAUACAAAUAAUAAUUUUGACAUUAUUUGACUAUCUGGUAGGAUAUGUACCCAUAACAAAUAUUCUUUUACUCCUUUUAUAUGAAAUAUUUUGCAAAGAAAGAGUAAAAGCAAAAAAGGACAUACAGAAGGUGAAGAUAAAGAACACCUGCAGAUCAAGUAGUACCUAAAAAUUGCAGACCAUGCUGCAUUUUUUUCUUUAGCAAGCAUUCUGAAGUACAUAUACACAACACUACGAAAAAAAAGUAACAUUAAGUAUUAAAUUAUCAGCAUGACCAAUGGUUUCUUUCGUCAUUUGACUGUCCAGAACUCACUGAUUUUGUUCCAUCCAUUUCAAAACUAGAAACAAGAUGAAAGGGCCAGAGUACACUUUACUGUCAUGUAAUCAAUCUUUUCUUAAAUAAGAAGAAUGGUGCUAAUUUGUUGAGUUUGCUCUCACUAUGAUUAAGCACGCUCUGUAUGUGGAUGGUGAACAUUGAAAAAAAUCAUGAAUCUGUGUUGCUUUUGUUUUGGCGAUAUAUUGAUGACCAGAGCAGUUUUGAUCAUCAUGACUUAGCAAGACUGCUGUCUGUUCAGCACUGAUAGUUUUAUGUCUUCUAAUCAUUUGAUGCUUGUAAAUCGGUCAUGUACUUUAAGAAGAAACAAAAAGGAUAACAUUGUUAGAUGUUUCAUUACCACAGGGUACUAAUGCUGUUUCUAAUGUUUUACCCUAUGGUGCUGGAAAAUGUUCUUGGUUUUUGAAUGAGUGAGAAAUAAUCUAUUGAAUGUAACUCCAUAUAUCUUGAAUAUUCUCUCAUCUUUUGUUUGAAUCAUUACUGAAGUAAUGGUUUUCAUACAUGUGCAUGAAUAUGUUUUAUGCAAAUGCAUCAUUAACUUUUCACUAAUUAUUUUUUUACACACACUAUGAUUUUUUUUAAUGUAGUGUUCAUUUUGCUCUAGAGCAGAUAUUCAUAGAAAUUGUGUUUAAUUGGUAAAUGUUAUGAUUUUCUUUAAUGUCAUUGUCAAUUUUCUCCAUCAAAAAAAUUACUAAAAAAUUAUGUUCCAUUGGUAAAGGUAUUAUAUAAAAAUAUUUCAAAUGUAGAAUCCUGAAAUAGUUUUAAUUGUAUUUUGGAAUUAUAAGCCUGCAUAUGAUCCUCAAAAUAGAAACACUUGACUUUAUAAAUGUACUCGGACAGCUCAGGUUUUGGUGAGUUCAGAUUUUUAGAACUAUAUCCUGGUAUUAGGGAACAUGGAGUUUUGAAGGUUAAUAUGAAAGAUCUGCACAAAUCUUUAAGUGAGAAGAAAGACAUCGUAGUAAGUUCAUUGUUAUUCUCGCAUAUUUUUGCUGACGUGGUUCACAUUGUUUGUUAUGUAGCAAGUGUUGAUAGCUUAAAUUCCUGUCACCCCUUUUUUUUUCUUUUUUUGUAUGAAGUGUUCAUUAAGUUACAGUUUGGGCUUGUUAUUUGGUGUUUUUAUUUUAAAAUCAGCCAUUUCACAGCAUUGUUGAUCCUUCUUCAGUUUACUUAGGGACCAAGAAGUGCAGAUAUUAGUUACAUGUACUGCAAUGUGAAAUGUGCAAGUUUUUGGACGAGAUCUAUUGCCUGCCUGUAGAGUUCAGUUUGUAAAAUCUUGUACUUGUCUAAUGUAUACUUCGUCAGGGUUCACCUCUUGCCAGAAAUUCAUUUACAGUAAGUAAUUCAUUUACAGUAAGACAAAAUGGCACCAGCAGUUACUGUGUUUGUUGAAUGCUUCUGACAGGGAUGUGGAUAAAGUUCUUAAGAUAUAAUGAAACAUGAACAACAGAGUUCACAGGGCAUUUUUAUUUGACUAUUCAGGGUAUGUGAUUCUAAUGAUACAAUCAAACAGCAGCAAUUUUCAUUUUUAAAAAUUUCUUUAAAAAUAUUAUCAAACCAUGCUUUUUGAAAAAGAAGUCUUUGCUUUCAUUUUACUGUUUAAAAAUUAGUAGUUGCAUGGUGAUCUUAUUGUUAAAUUAUUUGAAACCAGGCAUUUUUCACCAAGGUUAAUGUGAAAUUAAAUGGAAAAGGUAAUUUUAUUGAGCAUAUGUUGUAAAAUUACCUUUUCCAUUUAAUUAUAUUAAUUUUUAUAUAUUUCAUAUGUGUAGGCCCACAUGUUAGUCUUUGAGGAAUUUGGGUAUGGAAAAGGUUGGCCAUAGGGAAUUAGCUUGGCUUCAGAGAGUUUACUGAAGUUCCGCAACAAAUUUUUCUGUCAAUCAAUUUACACUAAUGCAGUAAAAUACAGAAAGGCUAUUUAUGAGCGCUUUUGGUGGCAUUUCCCCAAUGCAAAAUGUUUCCUUUUCCAUCUGAACCCAUCAGCAAUUUGUAUAGCAGCCCUCCUUUGCUUUUAAUGCCUAAUAAAUAAUUGCCCUUUCCCACCACCAGAUUAGAAAUGUUCAUUCCCAGGUCUUUUUCGGUCAUCAAGGAGUGAUGUAUUGUGUUAAAGACUACCCUUUUCUUGGGAUCAUAUUUUGGUGAGGACAAUGCUCAUGCUGUCUCCCUCACUACCAUACCUACCCCCAAUCCUCUGUGAACUCUGAUAGCAAUUCCUGACAGCUGGGUUAACAAGGAAUUCUGCUGCACUCAUAGUGUCUGCCUCUGGGUUCAGAUAUCAGUGUUCUAACCACUUGGCUAUUUAUUUCUCCCACCACCAGAAGCGCUUGUUGUCUGUUUCAUGUUUAUGAGUUGUGUAAUAUAUACAGAUGCUUCUGCACAUGUUAUGACUGCUUCAUGUUCUGUGAUGUAUUAUUUGUGUACUUAACCAGGCAUUGGAACAGGUGGUUCUUUUUCAUGGCAGCCAUCUGCAUUUCUUAAAGAUUGUUAGCACAGGUUUUUAAUUAUAUUUGCAAGUUGCACAAGCUAUUUGGGAGCACUAAUGGUAUCCUGCUGUCAGUUUAUAUUUUUAUCACAACAGGCAUUAAGAAAGUACAUGAGGCAAGUUUUCAGCUGCAAGUCUCCAGAGCAUUCUACAAAUGAAUGAGAGACAAAUUUGUUUCCUUUUGCAUGUUUGACUGUGAUCUGUUUUAAAGAUAUUUAAGUAUUAAUUGUUUUGUCAUCGGUAAUUUUGGUCAAUUUUUUUUAUAUUAGUAAUGUAACAAAUUUUGGGCAGGAUAGAAAAUUAUUUUCCUGGAAGUAUGGGCUCAAAAAAAAAAAAAAAAAAGGUAGUAGAGGAAUGGGUGGGAUGUCUAGGAAAGUUCCAUCAAACAGUGAAACUUAGCUUUGAAAGAUCUGGGGGUAAAUCAACACCAAAUAUGCUUAAAAUGUCAGCCAGUCCCUCCACCAGACUUUGUCAGCACGUUACAGGAAAAAAAAACUUCAACUAUUUUUGCAGUCAGUCUGAGUAUGUGUUGUCAAUAAGAAUUUUCUUAGCAUGUGAUGAUUUUUUUUUUCGGGGGGGGAGGGACUAUGUACCUUUUUUUCUGGGAAAGUGUGUCGUUACCAACUUAAAAGGGUCAUGUUAUAAAUUUUCUAACUUUUUGGGUUUGUAUGCAGCAUCAGGAGCAUUGUUUUAUGUAUUGCCAAAAUAAAGCAAGUGCUGAAAUUUG